CUGUCCCGUGGACUCCAUCGAUCGAGCGAGCGAGCGAGCGACAGACAGAUAACUGUAAGCGGCAGCCAUUACAAACACACAACACUAAUCCUACGCAGUAGGUAAAUGCAGUGAUAGCAACGUUUUUAGGCUCAGUGACAAGAUGCAGUUUGUGGCCAGCGAGCACCAACAUCGCCGACUGAAUCCAUUGAAUGGACAGUGGGUGCUUGUGAGUCCGCAUCGCAUGCAGAGACCCUGGUCGGGUCAGGAGGAGAAGCCGCAGCUAAAUGUACAACCCGAAUUUGAUCCCAAUAAUCCUCUCUGCCCGGGCGUUAAACGACCCAAUGGCAUUAUAACCGAACGCUAUGAGAGCACCUAUGUUUUUGAUAAUGAUUUUCCCGCACUGUUGGAACAGGUGCCCUCGCCGCCGGCAAGCGAUGAUCCGCUGUUUCAGGCAGCGCCAGCGCGUGGCAAUUGUCGCGUUAUGUGUUUCCAUCCCAAAUCGAAUUUAACCUUGCCAACCAUGAGCGCAACGGAAAUUGGCGCUGUUAUUGACGAAUGGAUCAAACAAUUUAACGAGCUGAGCCCCAAGUACGCCUGGGUGCAGAUAUUUGAGAACAAAGGCUCCACCAUGGGCUGCUCGAAUCCGCAUCCGCAUUGCCAAAUCUGGUCAUGUUCGUUUCUGCCCACAGAGCCACAGCUGAAGCAGGAACGACUUCGCGCCUACUACGCCACCCAUGACCGGCCAAUGCUGGGCGACUAUGUGGAACGCGAAUUGCAGCGCAGGGAACGCAUUGUUAUUGAGAAUCCCGAUUGGCUGGUCGUGGUGCCCUACUGGGCUACAUGGCCUUUUGAAACGAUGCUAAUAUCGCGCAACAACAACAAGCGCAUCAAUGAUCUGACCAACGGCCAGCGUCACAAUCUGGCGUUUACCAUCAAGGAGCUGACCACCAAAUAUGAUAAUCUAUUCAAAUGUUCAUUUCCGUAUUCGAUGGGCUGGCACGGUGCGCCCACGGGCCCAGAGCAUGCGCACGCCUCAAGCGCCCACUGGACACUGCACGCCAUUUACUAUCCGCCGCUGUUGCGCUCUGCCACGGUGCGCAAAUUUAUGGUCGGAUUUGAGCUGUUGGCGAUGGCACAGCGGGAUUUAACGGCGGAGCAGGCCGCCCAGCGGCUGCGACAAGUGGACGGCACACAGCACUAUCUGAGCAAAUGAUUCCUAGAGCUAGAGGCGGCCAAUAAAAACGAAUUUUAAUUGUAAACAACAUGCUAAGCUAUACCUGUAAUCAAGCAAUUAGGAAACUUUCAGGCGCGCUUUAGAUUACGUUUUUGUCUAAUUAUGAAACAAUAGGUGUAUAUAUAUACACACAAUUUGCUUCCCUCUGAUAUUGGCUAUGUCAUUCCAAAAUGCGCCAACAUAUGUAUAUAUAGAGAAAUUCUAACGCUCGAGGUUCAUAUUUCAGGUUCUAUUCCUCUAAACUAGAAACCAAAACUAUAUGACGAAAUUCUAAUAAAGAACAAAUGGCGAUUUUUAUUCUAUAAA